AUGGCUCUGAGAGGCACUGUUCUCUGGCUUAUCUGCUCCCUCUCUUGCCACACCUCCACGCCUCUCACUCUCCUCCGCCCUGUGUGCACCACGACCACCACCGUGCCCGCGGCCGUCCCCCUCACACAGGAUCGGGAGUGCCUCAUCUGCCGCUACUACCUCUUCCUCUCAGCUGUCGUCUGCCCCUGCCGCCCUCGAGAUGCCGUGUGCCUGCAGCACGCGUGCCAGCUGUGCGACUGCCCGCCUGCCCGCCGCACGCUGCUGUACCGCCUCUCCCUCGCCCAGCUUGAAGACCUGCUGGCGGGGGGGAACAAGGGGGGGGGUGGCAAGGGGGGGAGCGCGAGUAGUGGAGAGGGGCGGAGCGAGGGGCAGGAGGGGAGUGGAGGGGAGGGGGGUGUGAAGGAUGGGCGGGGGAAAGCGGCUGUUGAGGAGGAGGUGGUGGUGAAGGGCGAGUGCAGCAGGGCAGCAGCGGGUGGCAGCAGCAGCAGCACUGGCAGACAAGCAGGGGGACAUGUGAGCGGGCAUGUGGGUGGGCUCACAGGCGGGCAUGCUAGCAGCAGCGCCCCGCGUGCGCCCAUCACGUACUCUCGCCGUGCCAGCACUUCUGCUGUGGGCAGCCCGCCCGUGUGCGGACUCACCAGCAUUGGCGUGAAGGUGCUCGCAGGGGGGUAUGGUGGGGGGAGGGCGGCGAGCAGGGAAGGGGAGGGCGGUGGAGGGGGGGGAGGGGGUGGGGGUGAGAGUUGCACGCGAAGCAAGGGCGGUGCUGGUGGCGAGACGAAUGGCGAUGGUGGUAAAGCUGAUAAUGGUGCUGCAGGGCGUGACAGUGACACUCGUGCUCACCCUGCUGCGGAGAGGCCAGCCUGUGACAGCCGGGCAUCUGCCGACGUGGACCAAUUAGCACAGCCUUCAUCCAGUGAGGCGGGGAUGCGUGAGGGGCGCGUGGCGGGGGGCGUUGGGGGGCACGUUGGUGUCACUGUGAAGCAAGAAGGGGUGGAGGGUGGGAGCUUUAGUGAUGCUGCGGUGGAGUCAGCAAGUAAGGGAGCAGUGGGGGAGGCGGUGAGCAAGGAAGAGAAAGGGCAAUCCGGAGAAAGGGAAGGAAUGGGAGGAGAGGGAGUCGGAGAAGGAAGAGGAGAAGCAGGGCAGUGCGAGGGAGAGAGCAGUGGUGUGAGACGAAGCAGCCGACGGGCCGCUGCUGCUGCGGCUGCCGCUGCUGCUGCAGCAGAAACGGUAGAGAGAGACGAUGGGGAGAGCGUGAAGGAGGAGCAGAGCAGCUAUGCUGCUGUCACAGGAAGAGUGGGAGGGAGCGAGAAGAGGCAGGCAGGGAAAGGAGCAUCUGAGGGGCUUGGGAGUGCAGAGGCGGAGAUGGCGGAGUGGAUGCGGGGCAGGGCUACAGGGGGAAGCGGGGGAGGGGGGCACGGGGGACAGAUGGUGCAGGCGGAGGAGUUCCUGGACAGGUGUCGGGCGGGCAGUGGUGGUGGGUGGGUGGCGCAGCAGCGGCGGGUGCGGGGGCGCAUGAUGACGCACGGCGAGUGGGCGGCGCAGUGGGCGUCACGGGGCAAGGUGGCGCUGCGCUCGCCGCCCACAGUGGAGGCAGCGGUGGCGGUGGUGCAGCAGGCGCAGGAGUUCCUGUGGGCGGGCCACGAGGUCGAUGCCGUGAGUGCAUCUGUGCUGCCACUUCCCUCACUGGCCUGCUCUGCUGCGCCUCUCCACCAUGACACAUUCCUUUCCCAUCCAUGCCCUCCCCACUGCUUCCCUGCACUCCCGCUCAUUGUGCCCGCUUCCCCUCUCACCGCGAGGCGAGUGCACGACAAGGCACUGGCAGCGCUCACAUGGGCGCACGAGGUGGCCGCGUGCUGCGGCCAAACGCUGCCCGCUGCUGCUGCCGCGCCACCUCUCGUUGCCUGCUCCUCCAACCACCCGCUGCUGUCGCUGCCGCCCUCCUCUUCACCCGCUGCUGCCGGGCCAAGCCACGCAGCACGAGGGGCGGGCAGCAGCGGCAGUGGCGGGGGCGGGAGGAGGAGGGGGCUGUGUGAGGUGCAGAGGCUGCUGGAGGCGGCUGCCUCGGACGUGCCCUGCAUUGAGCCGCACUAUAAGACGGUCAAGGUGCUGUACCGCGAUGCCCUCGCCCUGGACCAGCGCAUUCGCCUCGCCCUGCACGCCAAGCCGCCUCUUGAGGCGAGGGAGCUACAGUCACUGCAAGCAGAGGCGGCAGCAGGCACGGUGGACAUCCCUGCUGCCGCCAAACUCAAAGACGCUCUCCUCGCCGCCCAGCACUGGGUGGAGGCGGUGCAGAGAAUGGUGCCGCAGGGGAAGGCACCUCGAGCAGCGGCACACAUCCCGCUGCCCGACCUGCACUCCCUCGCCAUGCUGCACUCGCAGGGCGAGCGCCUGAGGGUGAGGGUGGCGGAGCACGAGGUGGUGGCAUCAUUGCUGCUGCCCGCCAGGCACAUGGACUCACGCGCCCACGCUCUGCUGCACUCCUCGCCCACCCUUCAGGACAUGGACGGGUUGCUGCAGGAGGCGAGGGGCGUGGCGGUGCGCCUGCCAGCGGUGGCGCAGCUGCAGGCCCGGCGGGACGAGGCACGGCGCUGGGGAGAGAGGGCUCGCGCGCUGCUGGCUGUGAUGGGGGGCAAGGAUGGGGGGAGGGGCAAGCACGCACACAAGCAGGGGAAAAAAGAAUGGCAGGGGCAAGAGGAGGGGCAGGGGCAUGCAGGAGCAGCGAGUGUGGCAAGCAGCAAGUGUGGCCCGGGCAGCCCUCCCCCCUCCAGCCUGUCUCCCCCUUCUGCUCCUCCCACCACACCUGCUCCUGCCACCCCCCUGCCUGUCGCCCGCACCACCACUGCUGCUGCUGCCUCUCCAGUAACCCCUCCUCCCACCGCUGCUGCCCGCACUCCCUCUUCGGACCACCCUGCAUCCAUCCCCACUCCGUCUGCCACAGCCCCUGCUGCGCUCACAGCUUCUGCCACUGCCGCCACCCCUCGUGCUGCCCCUUGCCCUGCCGCUGUCCAACCUACUCUGCUUCUCCCGUCGCCUUCCACCGCGGUCCCACUUGCCACUGUCACACCCGACACUUUCACACCCGCCACUGUCACACCCGCCACUGUCACACCCGCCACUGUCACACCCGCCACUGUCACACCCGCCACUGUCAUACCCGCGUCAGGCAGGCAGAGGGGGUGGAAGGAGGAGCUGGUAGCACUGGUGGAGGCGGGCACGCGCAUGCACGUCACUCGUGAGUGGGGUGGAUGGUGGAAGGUGGGCGAGAUGGAGCAGGUGCAGCAGCAGCUGCAGCGAGUGCAGUGGGAGGACGCGGCAGAGGGGGCGCUCAUGCGCCGCGCAUCAGUGGACGAACUGCUGGCGCUGCAAGCUCAGGGCGAGAGGCUGCCCACGGGCAGUGCAGUGGUGGCGCGCGUGCACGCGGUGGUGGCGGCAGGCAGCGACUGGCAAGCCAGGGCGCAGAGGGCGCUGCAGGAGGGGUGUAGCCUGGAGGAGGGCGAGGCGAUGGGCAGGGAGGCGGAGUCCAUCCCAGCAUCGCUGCCAGGCCAUGCACAGCUCAUGUCAGCGCUGGCGUCAGCAAGGGAAGCAGCAGGUUGGGCCGACCAGCUGCUUCUGACUGUGCGCCGCGCUGCUGCCACUGCUGCUGCGGGUGCUGGUGUGGGUGCUGGUGCUGGUGCUGGUGCUGGUGUUGCCACCCCUUGUGGGGGGAAGGAGAGAGGCAGUGGAGGGAGGUGGAAGCGGAGGAGGAGGGGGCGAGGGGAGGGCGAGGGAGGGGGGGUGCAGGAGGGCGCGGAUGCUCGUGUGACAGUGGGGGAGAUCAUGGCCAUGCACGCGGCCCUCACAGCACUGCCUGUGCGUCCACCGCAGGCAGCACAGCUCGCCGCGCUGCUCUCCUCGCUCACCUCCUGGCGAUUCGCUGCCUCCCACGCCCUCCACACUGCCGUCUGCUUGCUCUCACCGCCCACCACUGACACACCGCCCACAGUAACCACAGCACCACCCACCCAAGCCAGCCCAGCUGCAGUGCCCAUCACCCCCAAAUCAGGCACCAUCCUGGUUGACUCAAGUUCCCCUCCGGUCGCAUCAGCAGCACCAUCGCCUGCAGGCAAGCCCCCUCCGGUACAAGUAGCGAUGUCAUCAUCAUCAUCAUCAUCAUCAUCAGUUGCAGGCAGUGCAGGCGAGGCCCCUUGGGUAGUGCCGGCAGCAGCAGCCAGCGCCAGCGUGGGCGAGCUGUCCUCGCUGCUCACGCAAGGAGCGGCGCUGGGCGUGGCGGUGCCGCAGCUGCCGGCUGUGCGCGCGCUGCUGCAGCGCCUGCACUGGGAGGUCGCCGCCCAUGCCCUGCUGUCUGCCACAGCUGAUGAUGCGGUGCAGAGUGGUGGUGUGGCGCAGGACAACGCACGGCAGUGGGUGCAGGCGGCCAAUGAGAUGCUGACACGUGGCCCUGCCAGCUGUGAGGUGCAGGAGGUGGAGGUGAUGGUGGCACGUGGCAUGGCCCUGCAGGUGUGUGUGCGCGACAAGUGCCGCCAGCUCAGCACCGUCAUCGCCUCCCACAGGGAGUGGGUCAGCGAGGUGCAUCAACUGCUCGCCUCACGCCUCGCUGCGCCCACCGCACCGCCGCCGUUGCUGCCCCGUGCACCUGUCACCACGCUUGCGCACGUCAAGGCCCUGCAGGCACGUGGCAGCAGCAGUGUGGUGGCGAGUAGGGAGGCCCAGCAGGUGCAGCGGGCAGUGGCAGCACUGGACUCGUGGCUCGCUGCCUGCUGUGCUGCCCUGCAGGGGGGCACUGGGGGAGGCGAGGGGGCGAGAGGGGGAGGCGAGGGGGCACAAGGGGAGGGAAGAAAGGCACAAGCGGAGAUCAAGGGGCCACAGGGGGAGGGCAAGGGGCGGGUGUGUGAGGAGGAGGUGGUGCAGAAGCUGAAGCACAUGCACAGCAACGUGCAGGCUGCCCUGCAUCGCAUCUCCUCCCUGGCCCGCCGCACCGCUGCCCUCUCACACCUCACGGCGCUGCCAACACAGCCGGCUCAACUGCCAGCCAACGCUCCUCCCACAGCAGUGCUGGCAGGGGGCAGCGCAGAGGGCGCUGCGGCAGAUGCCGUGGUUGGCGCCGCAUCACCACUGGCCACAGGACGAGCUCAUGCAGCGACACCAGCUGUGGCAGCGGCAGUAGCAGCAGCAGGGCGAGGGACAGCAGGGGCGUCAGAGUCUCCUGGAACACCAGCACCUGUUGUUGCUGCUGUGGGCGCUGCUGAAAGCGUCUCCUCAUGUGACGCCGUGUGCUGGUGUGCGCUGCUGCAUGCUGCCCAGCCUGCUUCUGCCGCUUCUGCUGGUCGCUCUGGCGGCAGGGACGGGCAGGCGGUGGUGGGCGGGCAGGGGGAAGGACGCAGUGGGGAGGUGCGAGUUCGUGGAAAGCGCAGCGGUGGGAGGAGAGCCGCUGCUGUUGUGUGCGGUGCUGUGGGGCGGGAGAGUAGUGCAGGUGGCGUGGGGAUGUCAGGGGAGAAGGGAGGAGAAGCAAGAUGCGAGAGGGAAAGGGAUACAGGAGCAGUGUGCUUGGAGAAGGGCGAAGAAAAGGAGGAGGAGCUGAAGCUGGGGAAUGGAUAUGAAAUGAAGGCCGGACGCAUGAAGGAUUCACUCACAUGCGAGGGAUGCAGCAUGAGAUUCCAUGCUGACUGUCUCGCAUACUUGCAUGCUGCCACCUCCUCCGCCUCUCAAGACCAGCAUCAGCAGGCGCGGCAGCAGGAGAAGCUGCAAGAGCAGAAGCAAGAGGCAGCAGGGCAGCAGCAGGCAAGGGCAGAGCAGAGUGGCGGGGCGGGUGGGGGGGCAGCUCCACCAGGUGCAGACAGAGCCAGCCACCCACAGCCACGGCAGGGGCAACAGCACGACCACAGCCCUGAGCAACAGCAGGUGUUUCCGCAGCAGCGACCGCAACAGCAGGGCCCCUUCAAAUGCCCCUUCUGCUCGUCCCUCGCGUCAGCAGCCGUCACACCUGCCGUCUUGGCGUUGUUCCAUGUACGUCCCUCCGCCCCAUUGCUCCUGCUUGAUGCCACAGCAGCACGAUUGCAAGUCACUUUACAGAUUCGUCACCAUGCCAACUCGUUCUACUCGCUCCGCUCCCUGCUGCUCCCUGCCCGCUCCCACUCACCCACCCCCCGCUCCCCUCCUGCCGUGCAGCCUCGUCACCUGCCCCGCGUGUCGCUGCGGUGCUUGGAGGACCUCCUCUCACGCGCUCUCUCUCUCCACCCCAGGGUGCACAUUCCAACCACCCUCCCUCUCACAUCGGCUGACAUGUCCUUAACUAUGCCCUCGCUUGCUCGCCCCCAUCAGGAUUGCAGCCGUGCACAGCUUGGAGCAGCUCGUCCAAUCAGCAACGCGUUGCUGUCACCUGCUGACAUCAGCACUCUCCACCACGCUGUCUUUGCCACGUCAUGCCGAACCCCUGCCUCCCUCCAUACUGAGCUGUCUGCUUCAGUCAUGAGACCUACUUACCUCCUCUCACACUUGCCCUCGCCAUGCCCGCUCAUCCCGCCCCUGCUGCACACGCUCACCUCUCGUCCUCCCUCCCACCUGCAGGUGGCCUCUUGUCUUCCGCUCCACAUGCCCCUUGCCCCUCUGCCAUCGCUCUCCUCCACCGCCCCUGCUGCCACACCAGCGGCACCACUUCCAAUUGCAAAGCAGGCAGCAGAGCCUCUUGCCUCGUGGCUGCUGCACGUGAAUGCAGUUCUCUCACCGCCCAUACGCAUGCAGCAGCAGCAGCAGCAGCAUCUGGUGCAAGGGGGCCACACGAAGCAGGUCACUGGUACUGCUGCUGCUGCCCCGGCAGUGACUGUUGGAGUAGCGGCAGGAGGGCAGGAGAAGGUGCAGCGGUGGGCAGGGCAGAGCGGCAAGGAUGGUGGAGAAGGGGCGGCAGUGCCCACAGCGGCAGUGGCAGUGGCGGCAGCGCCAGCAGUGGUGGCGGUGGCCGGGGUGGGCUGCUCAGUUGAGGCGGGCGGCACGCUGGCGGCGGUGCAGAGGGCAGUGGCCGCCCACUGCUGGAGGGCUGCCACAUGUAGCACUCUCAUUGGCCGCCCACGACCCCGACCAUCCACCCUGGCACAGCUGGUGCAGACGGGUUCGCACGCAGUGGGCGCAGCUGAUGCCGUUCUCGGGGAAGCCAAACAGCGACACGUGGCAGCUUCUGAGUGGCUGUCUCGCUUUGCCAAGGCACACUCAUCUCAGUCACAGGCAUCAGAGCGCCAGUCCGCCCAGCGUCUGUCACAUCUGCGGGCGCUCAUCAGCCAGGCCGCUGCCCUGCCUGUGGACCUGCGCCCAGAGAUCAAGCCCCCUCCAGGUGGUGCUUCGCGAGCCCCUCCCCCUGCAGUGCCCUUGCACUUCAAUCUCGACCUGGGACUUGGACUCCAACACUCCAACAUGUUCGCCCCGAACACUUGGAUCCUGCGCCGCGCAGUGGCCCGUCUCGCAUCGCGCAUCAGGGCCGACGCACCCACAACUGAAUCGCCUCCUCCGGCCGCACCUGCUCCUGCUCGGCCCACUGCGUCACUGCCCAGCGGAGCCGCAUCCGCAGCAACCGCUUCCGCUGUAGCCAAGGCUGUAGCGCCGCCAUGCAGAGCAGCUUUGGCAGCAAGUGGGGCAACCGUCACAGCAGGUGCUGCCUGCGAGCUGAAGGCGUUCGGGACGAAGGCUUCUCGCAGUGCCAAGCGGAAGCUGGCAGCAGCCGGGGAAGGCAAGGCGGUGACCGCGGGUAAGGGGAGAGCAGGAGCAGUGGCUGUUGGGUAUGCAGCCGCAGCGCAAGCAGCGAGUGUGGGUGUCGCUCCCAGUGCUGCAUGCGCUGCCACAUGGGGUGUGGCAGCCAGCAGCACCGUCCCUGCUGCCACGGGUGCCUCUUCUGCCAGUGCUGCCAUGGCUGCAACAGGCACCAAAGGCAAGAGAAGCCCCCGUGCACUGCAUGCACCCGCCCUACAAGCACCCAUGCCCGCCACUGCUGCAGCAAGCCCCCCUGCCUCGGCAGUAACAUGCCAACCCGCCCCCACCUCCUGCACCCCUUUACCGCAUCUGCCUUCCUACUCCUCCCAUGCUGAACCCACUGCUGCAGCCCGCAUGCCCUCUCGCCCCCACUCCCCUCCUCUCCCCGCCCCCCGUGCCACCUCCCCUGCUGCUGCUCCUCUGCCUGCACUCCUGGCAUCGCCAGCUGCCUGCCUGACCGCCCCAGGGAAUGAGGGAGGGGCAGGCGUGAGAGUGAGUGGGAAGAGGAGCAGGUCCGUGAGGAAGAGGAGGAGAGAAGGAGGGGAGGGGAAUGGUGAAAGGGACAGUGAGGUGAGAGCGGGGGAGAGCAGCGAGGGCGAUGGCGACGGGGAUGGCGGUGGUGGCAGUGGGAGGAGCUCUGGUGGGCUGCAGGACAGCGAGGCAGCAGCAGCACAUGCUGUUGCGGUGGCAUCAGCUGAGGUAGCCACAGCAGCAGCGAGCAGAGCAGGAAGCAGUGGAGCAAGCACAGGUGGAGGUGUACCAAGAGCCACAGGGAGCAUGCGAGCAACAGCAGCAACGCGUCAAGAUGAUGCAGUGGCAAGCCGUGGAGACGCAUCGCAGGCAUCACAGGUGUCUUGCCUUGCCAAUGCACGCACCACCACAGGUGCCACCACAGUUGCCACCACAGUUGCCACCACAGGUGCGACCACCAGUACCACUGCAGUCCACGUGUCCAACCCGUCAGUGUUGUCCCAUGACCAACCCGCGCUCUCCCUGAAGCAGCCCUCCCUCUCCUUCCCCGUGCUCAAGAAGCGGCGCAGCGACCGACCCAAGCCAGCUGCUCUCAUCGGGGCCGACCCACCUGCUGCUGCCGCCGCCACACACCCCCCUGCUCCUCCCAAUGCACCUGCUGCUUACGCUCUUGGCUCCACUGCUGCAGCUGCAGCUGCUGCUGCUGCUGCCACAGCAGCUGGCACUGCUGCCUGCUCCGGUGGCACCGCUGUUCCCUCUACAGCUGUGUCUGGCAGCUUGGCAACCAAGGUUGCCAGCUCAGCUCGCAAGGCUGGCUGCUCAAAAGGAAAGGAGGGUAAGAAGGAGAGAAGGAAAGGCACAGAGGAUAGCCAAGGUAAAGGCAGUCGAGAGAGGGUCCGGGUGAUUGAGUGUCCCGUGCCAGGCACACGCACAGGAGAGGGGAAGGCGAGGCCUCUGCCGCAUGGAAGCGUGGCAGCAGUGGCAGCAGAUGGUGUGACAGUUGGCAGUGCGUGGCAGCAUGGCAGGGCGAGUGAGAGUGCGAGUGUGGGGCGAGAGGGUGUAGAUGGUGGUGCGGUAGGUGGGAGCAGGGGAGGCGUGGGGGUGGAGGGAGGGGCGGGUGGAGGAAGGCGGUCGGUGCGCAGCACAGCAGGGCGGCACCCGGGCUUCGAUGGCUUCCUGCUGCUGCCCCGCAUCCGAUGA